GACCCCCGCAAGUCAUUGAAUAUUGAGAACGGUCGCGAAUAUGGAGCCGAUCCCAGCGACUGCAUUUGCUAUCUGCAAAAGUUAAUUACUGAAACCUGCAGAUGAUCUCCCAACAAUGAAAUACCACACCCAGCGCUAUCGACUAAGUCAAACCAGUCCCGACCGCGAUGGGGCUGAGAGGCAGCCGGAGCCUCGGUGGCCGUCUGCGUGUCCGCCUCCAGCCUGCAACCGCUGCCGCCAGUACAAGAAGAAAUGUAGCAAAACCCUACCGUCCUGCAGAUCGUGUACGGACGCUGGACGGAAAUGCUCGUAUUUCACGUCAGAUCGAAUAGCUGCGUCGUCACCAGAGGUUCUUCAUGCGCGAAUACAAUGGCUCACGCAAUACAUUGAAGACAACAUACCUGGAGCGGCCGGGGAACGGAACAUGACUUCAAUAUCUCAGGAAGGGUCACAAGUUGGUGACAAGGGUGAAAGGGGAAUGAACUCCCCAGGAAACCUUGUGCGUGCUCAAUCUAAUGGCCAAGUUCAGAAGGCAAGCCCGCCCCUUGACAAUGCGCACGACAAUACAGAACAGAAAAAGGGGACUUCAGUGACGCGUUGGGAGGGGACAGACAGCCAAAGACCACGGCCGCUGGCAUGUCUUGAUGCUUACUUUCACCACGUUCAUCGGGCAUAUCCGUUCGUCGAUAAAGCGCGAAUUAUGCAAGUGCAGAGUGCGAAUGCGAAUGCGAUGUUGAUAGAGAAUAAUGCUGACUCAAUGAUACUCUACCUCAUCCACGCUAUUGGUCGGACGACUCUUGAGCGAUCAGGAAAGAUUAGUCCGCUGGCUGGGAAAGAGGUUAAACUACCGUAUCCAGUCAUUCUUCAAUAUUGCAUAGAGAAUGAGGGCAUGGAUUCAGUUCAGAUUCUUCUAUUACUGGCGUUGUAUUCACUUUUUGAUCCCGACGGCCCUUCUCCAUGGAUGGUUGUUGGAAUCCUGACGCGGCAAGCCAUGGCACAGGGUCUGACUUCACAGCGCACAACGGGCGCAGACCAUGCGUUGCCAUCAGACGAGCAGUCACAUCGACUGUUUUGGAGCGUGUAUGUACUGGAUCGCAUGGUCGCAUCCUCCGUCGGACAGUCUCCCGGGCUGUUUGUGCCGGACAUUCAUGUCCCACUGCCAGCCGUGACGGUUACUGAGUUUGCCUCGGCGCAGCGAGCAGAGAUUUCGAGUAUGUUGCUGGUAACGCGCCAUGUCAUCCAGCUACGUCGUCUCGAGAGUAAUAUUACGGAUGCGAUCUUUCUACGUCCUCGGGCAGAUGUGCGCUCCUUGUCUCCUUCCGAUCGCACCGCUAUUGUUAGCGAUCUACAUUACGCAGUGGAUAACUGGUACAGCGAUGGGUGCCUCAUUUCUCGUCCAGAACCAAGUAAUGUUAGGAUCCAUGACACCAUGGCCUGGCUUAACGCACGUUACUAUCAACUACUGAUGCUGAUCUAUUAUCCGACACCAUUCAAUCAACCACCACGUCCAGGGUCUCAUGAGCACCUCUUGAAUGUUGUUCAGAAGUAUAUUCAUUACAGCCAUAUAUUGCUGGAACUGGGGCAACUGCCGCUUAACUACAUAACGUUAACCCGAUGCGUCCCUGCAUGCCUUGUCCUUCUAUACUGCUUUGGUCAUGCAGCGAGCACAGUGUUUUCAGCCAAGCAAGAGAUACAAAGCUGUAUAGCGAUUCUUCAGAGCUUCUCCAGCGGUUGGGAUCAUGCCAUGGCCUUGGCCCGGAUUAUGACAGACUUUUCUUCCGUGGUCUCUAUAUACGAAAACCGAUCUGGCAGCUGUCUUGUGACUUUACAAGCACCAACCGUUUUGCAACAUACCGAACAACGAUCACUUUACCCACGCGUGGUUUCACUUAGAGAAGAGCUAAUUGAGGUAGGUGGACGCAUCAUGGGAAAGGCCAAUUGCUAUCAAUGCAUAGAAGGCUGGGAUGUGCAGGCAAUCAGCUCGGGCUCUUCGGACGGCUCAUCCUCAACCGAUGCUGCCGUGACGAGGGACAUUGCAGCUUUGUCUUCACCAUUGGCUGGGGAAAUAGGAUGGGACUUCUUAUAAGGUAGCCGUUAACGUGCCUUGUACAAACGUGGUAGGCUUUCCACACUUGCUAGCCGCAACAUCAGGGUUGUAGAAAGUGCGGCACCUUACGAAAGCUCUACUGGUCGCAUCAAAUCCUUACGAAUAUGCCCAACGACCUCGGGUAUUUUCUCAAUGUGAAUUGGGUGAUUUAUGAAUUGUAUAUCCGCCAUUCAAGCAUUCGCAAUCAGGGACAUAAUUGCCCCCAGUCGCGAUUGAACCUUGGCUACGACGCAUGACGCUAUGAAUCAUCAUUCGACGGAAGGCCAACCAGGAAGGUAGUAAUUGAACCCAACCAUUGACCUUUCCUCUCACCAAUUAUUCUUUAGUCUCGUAAGCCACAUGCCUGGCUCGUGUGGUAGUCCAACUUGUUCUGGCUCUACCCGAGACUUGCACAGGUAUGAUAUCCGAACCUAAACAGGGACCGAAAAUGAAGGUUUCGGAAUAAACCAGGCAACCCAAUACAUUGGACUCGAUCUGAUUCGACAAUAUCCUGAUUCUUCUGUCAAGAAGUGAUGGGCCUAUUUCCUAACAUGGCGAGGCUAUGGUCAGGUAAUGUCG